CCGGAGUCGCUUGGAAUUGAGAGCGUCCUUAAAUUCCCAGAAAGUAUUUCCAUUCAGGUCCUUUCCUGUGAAUUAUUAGAAGAGCUCUUUAUAUUAUUCCAAUAAAGCAGUCACCAAGCUAGAGGGAGCAUCUAUGACGGAGUUUCGUCUGUGAACUUACCGGCGAGAAAGGUUCUGCGCCAGGGAAGCUUCAGGCUCUUCCACUUGAACCACAAGCUAUUUAUCGGGCUCAUAUUUAUGGUCUGGGUAGAACAUAUGUAUUCUAGCCCUAGAACACCCCAAUACACCCCUGCACUGUUAUCGUAGCAUGGCCGUGAGAGAAAUGGUUGAUUUUCAGAGAGCGUUUGCGAGUGUUCGCCGCAAACAAAUUUAGCGCGUGCUGACUAUUUAUGUCAACCAUACCAUACCAUACCCGCUUGUCGUCAUCCAUCCUUCGCCUUCACUCCUCAACCCCUCGACCACCCGCCAACUCCCCAUCAAUGGGCAACACACCUAGCGCGCAAAACUAUAGCCAGUUUUAUAUGCUUUAUGGGCCUAUUCUCCUUUGAUUCAUUUGAGAUAAUCGUGCAGAGCGCGAGUUCCUACCGCCUGGAUGCCUGUGCGCUAGCAACCGUUUACACUUCUCCUGAGUUCCGAAUACCGCAUUGAUUCCUGAUCAAUAUCCAUCCGAUUCCCGUCUCGACGUCCUAUCACGCAACGGAAAAUCCCCAGCUUUCAUCAUGGCAUCGGUUUCGUCGUUAGACAGAGACCUUCGCAGUCUGCGGCUGUCACGAUAUACACCGGAGGCAGCCAAUGAAAUCCGGGAGUGGAUAGAGGAGGUACUGCAUGAGAAAUUACCUAGGGGAGAUUUAUUAGAAUUGUUGAAGAGUGGAGUAAUUCUUUGUCGGCUUGUUAAUCUCGCCGUUUCUCCGGGCGUAAAAUACAGAGACUCAACCAUGCCUUUCGUUCAAAUGGAAAACAUAUCGCAUUUCCUCCGCGCAUGCCAAGUCGCGCCUCUGAGCCUCCAGCCGCACGACGUAUUUCUUACCGUCGAUCUCUACGAAUACAAAGAUCCCGCGCAGGUGCUACAAUGCAUCCGAUCCUUUAGCAGGCGAGCCAAUGCACUUCAACCGGGGAAGUUUCCGCGAGCGAUUGGCAUCAAGAAUAAGGGCGACGCCAUGAGUCCUCAACUUACUGGGUCUAGCCAAGGUGCUGGUCUUGGCCGGCCGUCUUACACUCGGGGCAGAGGUGCUAGUAACGCUAGUGAAUCGCGUUCGGCCACUUUUAACCCCAUUGGAAAGACUUCAACUUCUGGACAAAACAGCCCUUCCAAACCCUCCUCUAAUACCACAUCACCAAAGCAUGCUGUUAGUGCUUGGUCCAAUAAAGAAGAGGAAAGCACGACCAUACCAGCUUGGAAUAUACACCAAUAUGGAUACAUGGGAGGGGCAAAUCAGGGCAACCUUGGAAUAUCAUUUGGUGCCAGAAGGCAAAUUACAAGUGCCGCGCCACAUGUGCCUAGCCUAGCGGAUAAAGAGAGGAGGAGGCGAGAAAGAGAAGCGGAAGAAGAAAAGCUAAGGUUGCAACGAGAAGACGAAGAGCGCCAACGACGAGCAGCGCUUGAAGAAGAAGAAAUCCGAGCCAAGGCCGAAGAGGAACGCUUGUGGCAGGAGAAAACCCUGCAGAUGAGGGAGAAAGAACGGAGGGAAGCAGAAGAAGAGAAGAGCCGAUGGGCAGAGCAGCAACGCAAGUGGGAGGAAGAAGAGCGUCGUCGAAGCCUGGAGGAGAAAGAGACGGAAGAACGCCUGGAAAAGGAACGACUACGGAAAAAAGAGCUCAGUAAUUCCCGACUGAACGGCCAAUUUCUCAGCCAGUAUCAAGCCUCUCAGGCCAAAACGCCCACGGCUGCAUCUGGUGAAAGUGAACGCAUAAAAGAACUCGAGCGGCAACUUGAGCUUGCCAAGGAAAGAGAGCGUCAGUACGAGCGCGAGCGCGAGGAACUCGCUCGGUCUCGCGGGAUCAAUCAAGGAGUCGUGGAGUCGCGGAAGAACCAAUCUCGUAGCCGUAGCCACCCCCGCCCUACCCCGGUGAAGCCUAGCUACGAUGCAUCUUCCCUAGCGGAAGAGCGCAAGCUACUUAGAUCCGAGUGGCAAGCUUCCCAGGAUAGCGCUCCUGCUGACGAGCCUACCCCACCCUCUCUACCUCCGCGGUCACUCCCUAAGCCACCGGUAGUACUACCUAAAAAUACGAAUCUACCAUCGCCAUCCCGCCCUCUACCAGACCCCGCGAACUACACUAAUAAAAGUCGCACAGACCGUUUCUUAGAUAAAAAUCAAGCCCCCGAACCCGCGCACCCGACUUCUCAUAGGCCUCCUGAAUUUUCAUCAACUUUAGAAGUUGACGAGGAGAAUGCCAGGCGUGCCGCUUCAACUCAGAAAACUCGAGCUGGAGGCUGGGCCUCCAAAUCGCUACUUGAGCGCGAAAUGGAACGGGAACGCGAACGUCAGCGCGAAUGGGAAGAGAACCAGAAGCAAACAAAGGAAGCCGUGAAACGAGGGGUUAGUACAGCGGGCACGGCGCCGGGUGAGGGCGCGUGGGACGUGAACCAAUAUGGUUAUAUGGGCGGAGAUAACCAGAAUAGAGGUGGUCCCGGGCUGUUUGAUGGUGCCAGGAGACAAAUCAUUGGACCACGCCCACCACCUUAAUGUCUAAAUCCCAAACGUUAUGUUUUAUAUUGAUUGCUAUACGAUUUCGAUGCCCCCGGCAAUAUAUACAGCGUUGUUUCACCUCUAUUAAACUCUUCUUUUUGCAAAUAUUGACUAACUAUCCCACCUGCCCAGUUGUUUCUUCUCUCUUCCCUUUUCCUUGAACGUUUUCACAGAUUUUGACUCUAUGUAAAUGUUUCUUUCUAUUUACCUUCAGUCCAACCUCAUUUGCUUGGGUACAUUUCUAACUAGCAUUUUUUAUAAUGCUAGCUGGAUAGAAAAUGUACCUUCGAUAUUUACGUGCGCCAGUUCUUUGACUUCAAAAUUAAAAACGCCAUCCCUUCAUGUAUUUACGUUCCCUUAUCUCGCGAUCUACCUCGAUGAUGGGAGCCAAUGACAUUUGUAGCAGGCGACGAUGGUUGGGUGUGUGUGUACGUAUUUAACAAAAUAAACAAGAAAUAAUGAGCAAAAUAACGGAUUUUCCAUAUGUCAAGGCCAUACAUAGCGGAGUUGUAAUAGGCUCAGACAUAGGAACAUAUCACUCGUCAAUCCAUCGCGGCGUCGUAUUCCCCCGAUCACACAAUCAUGCUCAAAAAGGUAUGACAUGGCACAAUAUGCAAGUAUCCCGGUUUCAUUUUAGAUUCACGAGGUACAACGUCCUAGUUUCGUGGAUCAAGGGUGAAAACUUGCAGCAAGGUUGGACGCGAAAUAAAAAAGGCAAUGAUGAACGGUUUUACUCCCUUGGGCACAGGCGAUACAAUGAUGAAUGGACAGCUGACACUGUUGUUUCUCUUUGACUGGAUGUGACAAUAUCAUACCUACACACCGCUUGCUCCGUUAUCGAUGUAGGUCAAUAAUAUAGUUUUUUGUCUGUGAUGAGCAACGAUUGUUUCAAGUUUACAUGUUUAAAUUGGAUUAUAGACUUUAUAAUGUUUACUACAAGCUUGGCCGAGAUUAUUAGUCUAUCUAAAAUUCGAAGGGAAAGAAGAGUUGAUACCUGGCCACUUAUGUUCUGCUACCUGCUACCAAUCGGUUAAUAAUAUUCACGGCUCAACGGGUAAAAUAGUCAUUCUUGUUGGAAGUUAACUUAAUAAUAAGUCUCCAAUAACCACAUGUUUGGUGCUACCGACAGGUAAAUUCUUCUUAUCGGAUGAACCAUCACAUUUAGUAGUGCAAUAUUUACCAUACCAACGAUGGUUUGUUUUCUCGGCUUUUAAAAGCGAUACUUACCUGGCUUGAUGAAAGAUCGGGAUAUUAGGAUACAGGAACCAUCACGAUGAGAUUCCAAGUCACCUUAUGUUUCUUUAACAGGGGGACGACUAGCAUAAAUCAUUCUGGAGUCACGGCCGUAACAAUCCGAAUCGCCGUACUCCAUAAUUUCUACGAACUUGCCCGCUGGUGAUGAAUCUCUUAUUGGGAGCGUAUUGGAAUUGUAGAGGCUAGUGGAAAAUUGAGGAAGUACUUG